GCUCGAGUUGACUCGUAGUUAUUUGAAUUAAAAAUAAAAAGAGCGAGUCAGCUCAAAAACCUCUUAUCUAAAACCCCUCCACUUCACUUCACUCUACUCCCCUGUUUUCAUCAGUUCUCAGAGAUGAACUCUCACCUUCUCUUAACAAAAUUCUCAGUUUCUCUCCACCCAAUUGAUAACCAUUCUCUUUAUCUUCUCCCCUUCCAAUCAAAACCUCAAACCACCAAUUUUGGUAACUGUAAAUUCAUAUCCAGGAUAAAAUGCGCCGCAAACCAAUCACCACCACCACAACCUCGUCAGCAAAAGCAGUCUAAAAAACGGAGCAAUGAGCAUAAAGCUGAAGCUGAAGAAGAUGAGAAAGGAAUCAACCCAGUUGGGUUUCUUACUCGACUCGGCAUUUCCCAUAAACAAUUCGCUCAGUUUAUCCGUGAUAGGCAUAAAGCAAUGAAGGAUCUAAAAGAGGAACUUUUCAAGAGGAAUUUGAUGAUCAAAGACAUUGCUUAUGGGUUUGAAUUGAUGGGUCUGCAUCGUCAUCCAGAGCAUCGGGCAGAUUAUAUGGAAUGGGCACCAGGUGCUCGUUAUUGUGCACUAGUUUGUGGCUCUAAUGGGUGGUCACCAACCGAAAACUAUGCAAGAGAAGGUCACCUUGGCCAUGAUGACUAUGGAUACUGGUUUAUCAUUCUUGAAGAUAAACUAAGAGAGGGAGAAGAACAAGAUGAACUUUAUUUUCAGCAGUAUAAUUAUGUGGAUGACUAUGAUAAAGGUGACAGUGGUGUUAGCAUUGAUGAAAUCUUUCAGAAAGCAAAUGAUGACUACUGGGAACCUGGAGAAGAUGAAUAUAUAAAAAACCGACUGAAGGUGCCAGCAAAGUUAUAUGAGCAAUGGUUUGGGCCUAAUGGACCUGAAACUGAGGAAGAAUUAAAUGCAAUACCCUUGCCAGAUGCAGAAACAAGAUAUAGACAAUGGAAAGAACAGCAUAAAGAUGACCCCCCAAGUAAUUUGCCUCCAUUAGAUGUGAUUGAUCAAGGAAAAGAAUAUGACAUAUAUAAUAUUAUAAGUAGCCCAGAGUGGGUAAAGAAAAUUCGUGCUAAGGAGGCCCCGUUGCCAUAUUGGCUUGAGACACGCAAAGGAAGAAAAGCUUGGUUGAAAAAGUAUGCGCCAACAAUUCCUCAUGAAAGUAAAUAUAGGGUAUAUUUUAACACUCCCAAUGGUCCGCUAGAGCGUGUGCCUGCAUGGGCUACCUAUGUAGAUCCAGGCACUGAUGGGAAGCAACCUUUUGCCAUCCACUGGGAACCACCACCGGAACUUGCUUACAAAUGGAAAAACACUUCCCCGAAAAAGCCAAAAUCCUUGCGUAUAUAUGAGUGUCAUGUUGGAAUUAGUGGCUCAGAGCCAAAAAUAUCUUCUUUCAAUGACUUCAUAGAGAAGGUCCUUCCACAUGUAAAGGAAGCUGGAUAUAAUGCAAUCCAGUUGAUUGGAGUUGUUGAGCACAAAGAUUACUUCACUAUUGGCUAUCGAGUCACCAACCCUUUCGCUGUUAGCAGUCGAUUUGGCACUCCUGAUGAUUUCAAACGCUUGGUUGAUGAAGCACAUGGAAUAGGACUGCUAGUGUUCUUAGACAUUGUCCAUUCCUACUCAGCAGCUGAUGAAAUGGUUGGACUCUCACUUUUUGAUGGAUCAAACGAUUGCUACUUUCAUACUGGUAAACGCGGUCAUCACAAACAUUGGGGUACUAGAAUGUUCAAGUAUGGGGAUCGUGAAGUAUUGCAUUAUUUGCUCUCAAAUCUAAACUGGUGGGUUGUGGAAUAUCAAAUAGAUGGCUUUCAAUUUCAUUCACUCUCAUCAAUGAUGUACACACAUAAUGGUUUUGCUUCGUUUACAGGCGACUUAGAUGAGUACUGUAAUCAGUAUGUAGACAAAGAUGCAUUCUUGUAUCUCAUAUUGGCGAAUGAGCUAUUGCAUACCAUUCAUCCUAAUAUAAUAACAAUUGCUGAAGAUGCGACAUUGUAUCCUGGACUCUGCGAUCCAACUUCUCAAGGGGGAUUGGGAUUUGACUAUUAUGUCAAUAUAUCUGCAUCAGAGAUGUGGUCUUCUCUUCUCAAAGAUACUCCAGACAGCGAAUGGAGCAUGAGCAAGAUUGUUGACACAUUAGUUGGCAACAGACGAAAUGCUGAUAAGAUGCUUUUAUAUGCGGAAAAUCACAAUCAAUCUAUCUCUGGAGGGCAAUCAUUUGCGGAGAUGUUAUUUGGUGAAGUUAUGGACCACUCUUCUGCCUCAGAGGAAUCAUUGCUUGGGGGAUGUGCACUGCACAAAAUGAUCAGGAUGAUCACUUUCACAAUUGGGGGCCAUGCUUACCUAAAUUUCAUGGGUAACGAAUUUGGGCAUCCUAAGAGGGUGGAGUUCCCAAUGCAGAGCAACAACUUCUCGUAUUCUCUUGCUAACCGUUGUUGGGAUCUGAUGGAAAAAGAAGAUGUGCAUCGCCAUUUAUUCUUCUUUGAUAAGGAUCUGAUGAAUUUGGAUGUAAAUCAAAAGGUGCUCUCAAGGAGAUCACCAGCCGUACACCAUGCCAAUGAUGCUAGCAUGGUAAUAUCUUAUAUGAGAGGUCCUCUUCUCUUUAUUUUCAACUUUCAUCCAACCAAUGCAUAUGAAAGAUACAGCGUAGGCGUAGAAGAAGCUGGAGAGUAUCAAAUCAUACUAAAUACCGAUGACAAGAAGUAUGGAGGUCAAGGGAUUGUAAAGGCUGACCAAUACAUUCAAAGAACCGUCAGCAAAAGAGUUGAUAGCCACCGAUAUUGCUUGGAAGUGCCCUUGCCUAGUAGAACUGCGCAGGUUUACAAACUAACUCGCAUAUUACGGAUAUGAUCCCUAAGCACUAGUUUGCUUAGGCAGACUGUAAAAGAUGGAAAGCUAAUGUCCAGCGGUCAUGACUCGUGUGUUUAUCUCACAUGGCGGCUAUAUCAUUUCAAGGGAGUAUGGUAAUCUUCUGAACUCUUGGAAGUACCAGUUCAUCUUUGCCGGUGUAACACUCUAGCCGUUGCCUUUUUCGUCAAAUGGAGUUGCUGUAUUCUUUACCUGUCCAUACCUAUUUGAUAGGAACUCUGGCUUGUCAGCAUAAUGAACGUAAUAUCAACUUAUCAAUGCUUUGAAAUCCUA